AUGGCUGCUUCUUCUUCUACAACACUAGUAGCUCUCUGUUCUUCCUUCACCACUCAAUGCAAAAUCUCCAAAACCCAAAACGCACCUCUCUCUAAAACCCUUUGUCUCUCUAAACCCAAUUUUGGGUCUUUAUCAAAGACCACUCAGAAACUCUCUUCCUCUUCUCUUAUUUUCUCCAAAAAACCCACAUUUUUGGACAAACCACCCAAAUUAUCUGAAUCUGAAGCUCCUGUUAUUGAAGAAGAGCCGGAAGUACCUGCAUCAGAGGCUAACCCGGAGCCUGCUUCGUCGCAGAUUGUUGAGGUUGCUACGGAAGAGCCGCCCAAGCGUGAGGAGAUUUUUGCUGUUGUUAUGGUAGGAGGUCGCCAGUAUAUUGUUAUCCCGGGCCGAUGGCUCUAUGUUCAGAGGCUAAAAGAUGCAAAUGUCAAUGAUAAGUAUGUGUUGUCAGCUUAUGUGAUAAGUAUUGUUCUCUUGUCUAGUCUAACUUUGAUUUGGGGUUGCCAAAGGAGCUUUUUUCUAUCUGCAAUGGUGAAUGUGAAGCUCCAAUGCCAUGAUGUCAUCCUCAAAUGCAUGCUUUAUUGCCGAUCAAAUAAAGAUGAAAAUACUGCUCUCUGCAGUGAUUCUAGUUACUUGAAAUUCUGUACAUUUGCCAAUAUUAUGCACAAAUCUUAUUUCACCCUAUCUAUUUCCUCCAUCCAGAAAGAAGAAAUCAGUGCUGCUCCUAUUUCUCAGAUAACUCUGAAUAAGGUGUUACUUGUGGGAACAAGAACAACUGCCUAUAUUGGAAAACCAGUGGUGACUAAUGCUGCUGUUCAUGCUGUAGUUGAAGAGCAGGGAUUAGAUGCUAAAAAAAUCGUCUUCAAAUAUAAGAGGAAGAAGAACUACAGGAGAAAUAUUGGUCAUCGACAGCAUACUUGGUUCAGGCUUGGCUUAGUGGCUGGGUUUUGCUCUUGUGGUGUGAAAAAGAAGGGUUUGAAAAAAGCACCCAUGGAGAAAAGAACAAGGGAAAUAAAAUAUGCUCUGGGGCUUAGCUUAGGUGUUAGUCGGCCAAAUACUCGGAUAAGGAUAACAGGCAUCACUGGCUAUCAAGACUACCCGGGCAAUGUUUUACGAGAAGACUACGCAUCACAUUUACAUCCUGAGAAUUACAGUGGGGAGGUCUGGACUGCUUUUCAGUUUCCAGAAGCCCCAGGUACCCAGAAACGAGGACCGUACAGGGUCCCCCACCCUGUUCCUGACUUGCUGGAUCUCAAACGUAAAACUGACUAA